AUGUACUUUUCAGCUCCUGAGAAUCCUGACAUUCCUGGACAUGGACACCAGAAGCGCAAGCGCAGUAAAGACAUCACCAAAGGUUCAAAGCGAUGGGUCAUCCUGUUUGCUGUAUUUUUUGUCUCCUUCUUAGAAAACGGUCUAGUGAGGGCGAUCUCACUAAUUAUCAGUGAUCUCACAAGAGAAUUUGAUGUCAGUGCUGCCUACAUAGGAUCCUAUCUAGGACUAUCCUUCAGUCUUGCAUAUUUCUGUGGAUUUUUCAAUAUCCUUUUGCUUCGGCGAUUCUCGGUUCGACAGCUGGUUAUGUUUGGUGGAACGAUUUCGAGCAUGGGGCUUCUAAUUUCAUCCCUUGCUCAAACAAGUUUCCAGUUUUCGGCUGCUUAUGUAACGCAUGGUAUAGGGACAAUCUUCGUCAUUCUUCCAUCAAGCACAUGCCCCAAGGAUUAUUUUCCCGAUCGUCUGCCGAUAGCUACAGGAACGAUUCUCUCAGGAGGAAGCGCUGGGAUCAUCGCGGUGCCCUGGCUAUUUGCGAACCUCCUCCAAGGGUACGGCUGGAGGGGUUCUCUCUUGAUCUUAGCUGGGUUGAACUGCCAUCUAGUGGCCAUUGGUGCCCUUUUGGAACCAUUACGGAGCAAGGGAGGUGAUGGCAAGGAUGUUAGUGAAGGUGAAGACGUGAUUCUAACAAAUGUUGAUGUGAAAAUCGACGACGAAGAAUCUGCAACCGCUACUGAUCGGGAAGGCGGGAAAGGACGCUCGGACGCAGACGGGCAGGACCAAUUUCCGGCGCUCCAAGACGAUUCUUGUAGCUAUACCGAACCUCAAGCUUCUGUCGUGACUGGAUACAUUGAGGAAAGCGGGGCUGAAACCGAAAUCAAGUCAGCAACAUGUCCAAACUGCCUAUUUAAAACCCUGCGUUUACUGGGGUUCAGGGUCUUUAAAGAUCGACCAUUAAUGGUUUUUUGCUUUAUCGAAGGGUUUUUGUUCUUCUAUUCUUACACCGCUUGGAUUUUAUACGAGAUCCCAAACGCAUUAGCCAAGGGUCUUUCCCAACAAGAAGCAGUGCUUGUGUCUGUCACGGGUGGUGGCGCCAACUUCAUCGGUCGUCUAGGAAUAGGCCUCCUUUGGUCAUUGCCAGGGAUCAGGUUUGAUAUCUGGUACUCACUCAUCUUUCUCCUGUCGGCAGCUGCAUUCUGGACCAAUUACGUCGCGAACACUUUUAAUUUUGUUGUAAUACUAUCCGCCUGCUUUGGCUUAUUAAUGGGAGCCAAAUUGACGUCACAGCUACAGUCGAUAUACCUUGUUGUGGGCGAAAGCUAUUAUAAGGCUGGUGUGUCCAUGUUUUUCAUUGGUGUGGGCCUAAGCGUUCCGAUAUCAGGAGCAGUAAUUGGGCGUCUGUACGACAUCACAGAGUCUUACGAUAUAGCAUUUCUGAUUAUUGCGGCUGUAGAUGUCGUGGUCGUUCUCCUCAACAGUGCCAAACUUUGCUGGAAGCGAUUUCGGAGGAGCCCACCAGGGGAAUGAGAACGUCAACCAAUGAAUAUACAAUAUAGAAUGAAUUUACGAUAAUAUGUCAUGUUAAAUAAUAAUAGUUAUUGCAUUGGAGCACAUCAGCACAAUGGCUUGAAAGAGGACGCGCCUCAAAAAAGGCUGCGGCCCUGAAUAUACAGAGUAUAAUAUUAUACGAAAAUUAUACAAAAGCAAGGCCACAAGAAUAAUAACUGAUGAUAAUACUGUCAUUUGUAAACAAUUUUUCAGCUUUACUCCUAUGUGUUUAAGAUCGCAUGCUUGAUCUGUAAUGAAAUUCAUAAGUCAGAAAAAAUUGGAACCAGUGGGAUUCGAACCUGCCAUCUACUGCUUUCCAGGCAGCGACUUAACCACCAGGCUAUUCUGGUUCACGAUGAACUGGAAUUCAAAUACCUUCGAUUCACUUCUUUCUGACUCGUUAAUAUGCAAAUGCAUUUCGCAGUGGACAAUAGACACGGCUAAAUCACGAUGAACAUGAUUUAGCCGUGAACCAGAAUAGCCUGGUGGUUAAGUCGCUGCCCGGAAAGCAGUAGAUGGCAGGUUCGAAUCCCACUGGUUCCAAUUUUUUCUGACUUAUGAAUUUCAUUACAGAUCGAGCAUGCGAUCUUAAACACAUAGGAGUAAAGCCGAAAAUUUGUUUACAAAUUAUAAUUUCUUCCUAUUAAAGCCUCUUUAUUUACUAAUACUGUCAUUGUUGAAUAGAAUCAUUGACCUCUGUGUAUGGCUUAGAUAGUUCGGUAGAGCCUGCUGUAUGAAAUGUAUUUUACGUCAACCACAUUCUUGCUUUUAGAGAGAUCAGCAGAACGUGCUGUAUGAAAAAAAAUCUUGAACACGCCUAGUUGCCUACUAUUUCGAAUAUAAUAGACAUUUCGAAUUAAUAUAAAGUCGAUUUCCUAAAUAUCCAAAUUUGUUUGCUUUUCGAAACAUCAAUCAUCUAAUAUUGUGUACUUCUGUCAUGACUGUAUAGACAUGUAGGCCCUUGUCCGGAAAGAUAUAUGAUUUGAUUUCAAGAAACCCGUAUCUGAUGAAUGAUAUAUCAGUGAAAUAACUCUUAAAUUUAUUAGCAUUGGACACGGCCAAUUAAGGCUUAUGUGGUUUCAGUUAGUCUAUAUAUAUUUCUAGUCUUUUUUAAUUCGGAAACAAAAUGAAUACUUAGCCUAUCAAAAUAUUUAUCUAGUUACAGAUAGGUGUUAUAUACAGUGUCCCAUUUCAACAUUUAUAUUCGGUUUCAAGAGGUGUAUGACUGUUUUCAUUCUCUAUCACAAGCAAUUUUCUUCUUUAUACAUAUGCGACUAAUCAAAGUUGUAUGAUUCUGACAUGGUAUAAUUUUGACGUUUACAUGACCUUUCAGGACAAAAAUAACAGUAUUGAUACUGACAUGAAUGAGUCGCCCUGUGUAAAAUAAAGAAAUUGAUGAAAAUAAAUGCAGGCGUGAAAUUGCGAAAGAAUACUUUCUUUCAGAAUUUGAUGAAACUUGAAACCAAGAAAGGGGAUCUUUCCCUCUCACCCGGUCCCACUAGACUACAGGCACAGACCCUGAUUGAAACUUUGAUCAACAAGUGUGUCUCCGCGCAAAGACUAGCACAUACAAAACUUGCUAGUGAGAGGGCCUUCAGUACACAAGGCAUGAGUAGGCUGCAAUUCAGACCCUUUACUCGAGUGAAGGGUUUGCACAGCAGACUACGGUCCCACUUCCUUGGGUUUGUGUUCUGAAUGUUGAUCUAUGAUCAUAUUAUUCUUUACUUUGAAAGUCUUCAGAUUUAUUAAAACGUUAUAUAAAAUCUCAACAUGAGUAUCACCUCAAACAUGAAAGACUCCAGAGUAUCCAAACUCGAUCCCAAGCGCGGGACAUUCUCUUUGGUGAAGCGUUGUGGCCCAAAGGAUUAGUCUCCGGACUUUGAAACAAAGGGUCGUUGGUUCAAAUCCCAGCCAUGGCGUAGUUUCCUUCAGCAAGAAAUUUUUCAUAUUGUGCUGCACUCAACCCAGGUGAGAUGAAUGGGUAUCUGGCAGGAAUUUAUUCCUUGAAAUGCCGAGCGCUGGAAACUAGCUGCCUGAGCUACAGCUGGGGUAAUAAUAUCCAAGUCCUUUGGAAGCGCAUAGAGACAUUAUUCAUAAUGUGUUAUGCGCUAUACAAGAACUGACUAUUAUUAUUAUUUAUCCUUUGACUCUAUAGCAGGAAAAGAACAAAAGAAGCCGGUAAUUGAAAUGAAUACAAAAUUCAAAGCUCGUUAGAAAUCAACAGUUAUAUCUAAUCGGCAGAUUAUUCAUAUUCAAACGAAUAUUCAUUAUUCAAAGUGUGGUACUUCUCAAAUAUAUUUGCAUUGUAUUGAAUCAAAUGCAUGAUUCUGUAGUCAUAGCACGUGUCAAAUCUGUUUUUUUUUUCUUCAGAUGUCUUUUUCUUGAAGCUUGUUCUCAUUAAAAGAAUCACGUGACUUCAAACCAAUC